GUUGCCGGACUGGAUCGAGGCCGUUCCGUCAGUGUUUUCAGACACCCUAGGGUCGCGGCUUGUUGAGCCCGUCUUCAUCUGGCAAAAGUACGGGCCACGCUGCCAGCAAGGAUGAACGGAGCACUAGGAAAGGUGCUGUGUCUGAAGAAUAACACCAUUUUUAAGCAAGCCUUUUCCCUCUUGAGGUUCAGAAACUCAGGAGAGAAUCCCAUCUGUUCUGCAGGUGGCAUUCUGUUGACCACCAGUCGGCACUACAGGUCAAAGCCCACACAUGGCAUUGGAAGAUACAAGCACCUAGUUAAGCCAGAAGAGCCCAAAAAGAAGAAGGGAAAAGUGGAAGUGAGAUCCAUUAAUUUGGGGACAGAUUAUGAAUAUGGGGCUUUAAACAUUCACCUGAUUGCAUAUGACAUGGCCCUGACAGAGAGUUAUGCCCAGUAUGUUCACAACCUCUGCAAUCAUCUCUCCAUUAAAGUCGAGGAAAGUUAUGCGAUGCCCACCAAAACCAUGGAGGUGUUGCAGCUUCAGGACCAAGGCAACAAAAUGUUACUGGACUCAGUUCUUACCACCCACGAGCGAGUGGUUCAGAUCAGUGGUUUGAGUGCUACGUUUGCAGAGAUUUUCUUGGAAAUAAUCCAAAGCAAUCUUCCUGAAGGAGUCAAAUUGUCGGUGAGGGAGCACACUGAAGAAGACUUCAAGGGAAGGUUCAAACCUCGGCCAGAACUGGAAGAACUGUUAGCCAAGUUGAACUAGCUCAUUGCAGACCCUUUCAUGCCUUUCAGCACUGGUGAUAUUGAGUGGCAAGGGGAGGAGCUUCCUGGGUGGCCAGAGUUGAGCAGGAGACCCUGACCCUCUACAUCAUAAGUACCCAACUCCACUGCCAGGAGUGUCUCCUCUGCUUGCUUACCAAUUGUCACCACUUUUUUUUGAGCCAACCCUGGGUAUCCUCCAUCUAAUAAAAAGCUGAUGGAUAUGUG